AUGUCAAAAGCCCGAUAUUCGACCGACAACUACAGCUUGAAUUCAGUUGUGAAUGGCAGACGCAACAAAUUACAACGCAAGAAAAGCAGUGUCGUUACCCGAGGCAUGAAUUUCAUUCGAAGGAUGAAGUGGAAAUCCAAGGAAACGAAAUCUGCAAGCAAACGACGUCUAUCACAGCCAGACAUUGAGCCUUUGGAUGCAGUGAAUUGGAGAGCGAGCUGGAGCACGCAAAACACACCUCGUGCAAGCAUUGAUGGUAGUUCGUUACCAGAAGGAUUUAUUAUGCCGCCGCCGUCUGUUUCAUCAACGCAUGUCGAAACCAAGAAUUUAGCUCCUAUUCACGAGGCAUACACAGAGCAAUAUUCCAGAGCAUUACAUACACCCUCCCGCUUUUUACCACAGAAUCAAGCAGUAAUCACAACUACAGUGGAUGGCACAAUAUUACUCUUUAAUGAUAUCGCAUCACUCUGCUUCAAGAUUGAUAAAUCAUACAUUGGAAAGUCCAUCUUGACCAGUCUACUUGAAGAUCCUUUUAGAAAACAAAUAACCAGCAUACUUGACCGUCGAAAAUACGCUCGAAACUAUGCCAAACAGCAACUCGACAUUGGCAAUAACAGAGGCUUAGUGCUUGUGUGCGGAACAAUUACGCCGAUUGUCAAAGCAAAUCAAGCGAAAUCAGUGGCUUCAUUAUGGCUGAAGGAGAAGAGCUCAGAUCACGGCGAUCACAUUUACCUGUGGAUUUUUGAAGAGAUCUACGAGACAUCACUGUCUGUGUAUGUCGACUCAGAAUGCAUCAUACGACGAGUGCUGGGUACAAUGAUCGACAUCUACGGCUACAAGGAGGAAGACGUUGUUGGAAAACCUGUCAAUUGUCUAGUGCCAGCAUUGUCCAAAGAGAAGAGAGACGAUAAUCUGGAGAAAAUGGAUCGACUCAAGUUUUUCGGCAGUCAAUCCAGUCAGGGCAUAUCAUUUCCAGUCAUUUUGAACCUAAACAGGCACGUAGCCAUCGGAGACGACGAUUUAGCAAGCUUUGUAGUGAAGAUUACUUCAUUGCCAUCGAUUACUGGAUUGAUGACUGUAUCCCGCACUACUGGAUUAGUUACUAAUCUCAGCCCUGUGCCUGCCAAAUACCUGUUUGGCCGAUCUGUCAGCACUAUUGUCGACCAAUUCCAUGUCAAGGAGCUCAUACCACUACUGCCAUGCAUCAUUCAAAAGAGCACACAGCCUGUCAUGAGCAAUCGCAUGUGUCGUCAAGUAUUAUUGGAUGAAAACACAAAAGAGAAGCCUGUCAUCUAUGUGGUGCAUCGAGAUGCAAGUAGGUUUGAAGUAGAACUGCAAUUGACAUUUACAGAAGACGCUAUCGACAUUUGGAUCACGUACGACCGCAUUGACGCUAUUUCGAAACAUGAAAAGAGACGAAAGCAAGAGCAAGAGCGACAACAACAUGCAAAGUCAGCCAACGAUUCCACCAAACAAAGGCCUGCUAUUAGGCCACUGCGAAUCAGUUCUUUCGGCAAUGUAGAUAAACAGCGAAAACUAUUCCCGUCCCUGAGCAACAACUUUCCAGUCUAUACUGCCGAACCGAGACCUGUUAUUCACAAUGAGCUACCGCCGAGUCCUCCAGAACAACACGAAAAGCGAUGGCAUCCACUGGACGAGUAUGUGAUAUUGGAGACACUUGGCCAAGGUACAUACGGAAUGGCUAAAUUAGCGUACCGGAAGGACGACCCUUCACAAAAGAAGCUUGUGAUCAAAUACAUUAUAAAAUCGAAAAUCAUUGUCGAUUCAUGGAUUAGAGAUCGGCAGCUGGGAUCGAUCCCCAUGGAGAUACAUAUACUGAGGACGCUACAGAAAUAUCCCCACGUCAACUGCUGCAGGCUAUUGACGAGUUCAGAAGACGAGGAUCACUAUUUCGUGGUGAUGGAACUGCUUGGAGACGGCAUGGAUUUGUUUGACUACAUUGAGGUGAAUAAGAAUAUGUCUGAAAACGAGAUGCGAACUAUAUUCUACCAAGUCGCCUGCGCUGUCAAACACCUACACCAACAUCGCAUUGUACAUCGAGAUAUCAAGGACGAAAACAUUAUCCUUGAUCAACAAGGCACGGUUCACCUGAUUGACUUUGGGUGUGCUACUUAUUAUAGGAAGGACCACAAGUUUGAUACAUUUACAGGCACAUUGGAAUACUGCGCUCCUGAGAUACUCAAGGGCAAACCCUACGCAGGACCACCGCAAGACAUCUGGGCAAGCGGUAUUUUGUUGUAUACACUCAUGUACCGAGAAAACCCGUUUUACAACAUUGACGAUAUUAUGGAAACGGAAUUGCGAGUGCCACAUGUUGUGUCUAGCGAGUCUUUGGAUUUGCUUGAAAAGAUGCUGCAGCGAGACAUUGACAAGAGAAUUACGGUGGAUCAGGUAUUAGAGCAUCCCUGGUUUCAUGGCAUGGCCAGGUAG